UCCAACCCCCUAUCAGAUAACUUCCUCUUCACGUAGCGGAAACAUGGAGGUGAAUGUGUCAACUGAGUCUAUUGAGAGUGUACUAAAGUCUGAAGAUAAAUUUAGGAAAAACCAUGAAAUCUUAUUUUACAGGCGACAGAGAGAUAAAGCAGUGUCUCAAUACUUUACCUCCUACGAAACUUUCGUCCUCACAGAUGGAGGGGCCAGUCUGGAGCUCUGUGAGCGGGACUCUCAGGACCGACUGUCUCUUCAAAUACGGGCAACUCAAAAUGGUACCAUCCGAGUGUCUAUUGAUGAGCUACAGCUGGUUAAACCACGCUACCAGGUUUCAGAUGUUCUGGUUGGAGAGCUGAGAUAUGAGCCGCUGAGAGUUGAAUGGAAGAAAGAGGACUGUGUAUGUUUGACGUGGGGUCUGGGGCAGUACCAGCUGCUGGCUUUUUUUUCCCCAUUCAAAUUGGAGAUUUCCUGUGCUGGCGAGGAGAUUGUUACUCUCAACCCAGGAAAUAAACUCUGUUUUGAAACUCUGCAAGAUCCAGCUAGCAGGUCAUCUUCAAAUUCAUCUGAGGGAGAUGAAAAUUGCUGCGGGCUGUGGAAGGAAACAUUCAGACAGUUUGAGGACAUCAAGGCAAAUGGUCCUAGUUCUGUUGGUCUGGACUUAAGUCUACAUGGGUUCAACCAUACAUAUGGUGUUCCCGAACAUGCUGAUACCCUGCUGUUGAAGGAUACAAGUGUCUCUGAAGCGUAUCGGCUGUACAACUUGGAUGUGUUUGGCUAUGAGAUCAACAGCAGAUUGGGCCUUUAUGGUUCUGUCCCUCUUUUGCUCGCUCACAAGCCAGAAAGGACAGCUGGAGUGUUUUGGUUGAACUCAUCUGAGACUCUGGUUGAUGUCAAGUACAACACUGAGCAAAAUGAGGAUGAGGAUGAACCACCAGGGAAAAAAAGCAGAAUCUCACCUCGGACUGAUGUGAGAUGGAUAUCAGAGAGCGGCACCAUCGACUGCUUCAUUUUGCUGGGACCCACACCUGCCCAGGUGUUCUCUCAGUAUGCUCAGCUAACAGGGAAAUGUAGGUGUAGGCUAUACAAUGGCUGCGCCCGAAACCGCCCACUACUCAGCUAUCAGGCUCUUCCUCCGCUCUUCUCCUUGGGUAAUCACCAAUGCCGCUGGAACUACGAGGACGAGGCUGAUGUAAAAGCGGUGGAUGCUGGAUUUGACCUCCACGGUAUCCCGUAUGAUGUCAUUUGGCUGGACAUCGAGCACACCGAUGGAAAGCGCUAUUUCACCUGGGACUCCAAGCGUUUCCCAAAUCCAGCAGAACUUCAGCAUCAUCUCAUGAAGAAGAAAAGAAAGCUGGUUGUUAUCAGUGACCCACACAUCAAGAUGGAUCCCGAUUGGUCAAUUUACUGUGAAGCUAAGAAAGGAGGCCAUUUUGUGAAGAACAGAGAAGGCUUUGAUUUUGAAGGAACGUGUUGGCCAGGUGAAUCCUGUUAUUUGGACUUCAGUAGCUCAAAGACAAGAUUAUGGUAUGCCAGACAGUUCUCUCUAAGCAAAUAUGAAGGCUCAACAGAAUCUUUGUUUGUGUGGAACGACAUGAACGAACCUUCAGUCUUCAACGGGCCCGAACAGACCAUGCCAAAAGAUGCGCUUCACCAUGGAGGAUGGGAACAUCGAGAACUGCACAACUUAUAUGGCUUCUAUCAGCAUAUGGCUACAUUUGAGGGCUUAUUGACCCGUUCGGGUGGCACAGAGAGGCCGUUUAUCCUUACACGCUCCUUCUUUGCUGGGUCUCAGAGAUUAGGCGCCAUCUGGACUGGGGACAAUGUUGCUACCUGGGAGUACUUAAAGAUUUCAAUCCCCAUGCUGCUGUCUCUGAGUCUGACAGGAAUACAGUUUUGUGGAGCUGAUGUAGGGGGCUUCGUGCAGGAUCCAGACCCUGAGCUUCUGGUUCGCUGGUAUCAAGCAGGGGCCCUUCAGCCAUUUUUCAGGGCACACUCUGCCAAAAUGACCAAGCGUCGUGAGCCGUGGCUGUUUGGAGAGGAGGUGACCUCUGCGAUCCGCUCUGCUGUUCAGGACAGAUACUGUCUUCUGCCGUACUGGUACACACUGUUUCACCAGGCACACACAGCUGCACUUCCACCUAUCAGACCCCUUUGGGUGGAGUUUCCCAAGGAUACCAGCACAUUUGCUGUGGAGAACCAGUACAUGAUUGGCGGUGCUCUCCUUGUGUGCCCUGUGACAGAUCCAGGGGUCACAGAAGUCAAGGUUUUGCUCCCAGGGUCUAAUGAGCUGUGGUACGACACAAAUACAUCAGAAGUACACAAGGGUGCCAGAAGUCUGGAUGUACCAGUGACUCUGACCACUGUGCUUGUUUUCCAGCGCGGGGGAACAGUGGUGCCUAGGAGAACAGCUUGUGGAUCUUGUACAGCAGACCUACAGCAUUAUACAAUCACUCUUACUGUGGCUCUGGACAUUAAGGGCAAAGCUGAUGGAUUUCUUUAUUUGGAUGAUGGCCACUCUUUUAAUUACAGAGACCAGAUGCAGUUCUGUCUGCGGCGCUUUAGCAUGCAGGCCGGCAGGCUUGUCAACAGCUGUGCUAACGAUAAAGGCUUGUUUGUCUCUGAUGACAAAGUGGAAACGGUGGUCAUUCUUGGUCUGAAAAGUGUGAAAAGGAAACCCAAGCUCAAAUCAGGUGCAAAGAGGACAUCGGUCAUGUUUGAAUUUGACAAAAAACGAGGCGUAUUAACAUUAAGUGGUUUGGAACUUGAAAUAUGCAAAGACUGGGAAAUAAUAAUAUAGCCAUGGUGUUUUUUGGGGUGCUGUUUAAACCUCACGGCAGUUUAUCAUUGCAAUGAUAUGUUAUAGUUGUUCAUUGUAAUUAAAUCAGUGGUUUAAUAUUUAAGAUUCCCUCCAAAAUGAUUUACUACCUCAAGUUAUUUUAAUAAUAAUGUGAUGACAUUUCAGCUGUUGGGUUCUUUUAUCUUUAAUUUGAUAUAAAACUGUAGAUUUGACAACAUUGGAGGGACAAAUGGGUUUUGAAAAUAUACAAAAUUUGCUGUUAAACGUUUUGAUUCCUAAAUAAAGGAUUGUCAAAGAGCAAA